AUGAAGUUACUAUCCUUGGCACUUCUGGUGUCUUUGGUGUCUGCGGAUACUUUCUACACUCCAAAGGAUGAUGUAAUCCAGUUGAAUGCUUAUAAUUUCAAGGAUGUCGUUUUCAACUCAAACUACUCUUCGGUUGUGGAAUUUUAUGCUCCUUGGUGUGGCCAUUGUCAGAACUUGAAAAAUCCCUUCAAGAAGGCAGCAGCCGUUUCCAAAGACUACCUUCAGGUGGCCGCAAUUGACUGCGAUGCUGCCGAAAACAAGAAGCUUUGCUCUGAUUACCGUAUUCAAGGAUUUCCUACGAUCAUGGUUUUCAGACCCCCCAAGUUUGAUCCCACAUCAAGCACCAAUAGAAGAUCUGGUGCUCAUGCUAAUGAGGUAUACAGUGGUGCUAGAGAUACUAAGUCAAUUGUUGAGUUUGGAGUGUCUCGUAUAAAGAACUACGUCAAGCGAGUGUCACCCAAUAAUAUUAACCAAACCCUGGGAAAUUCUGAGAAGACCCAGCUUCUACUUGUGACAGAUAAGGCCAAACCUAGUGCUCUGAUAAAGUCAAUUGCCUUAGACUUUUUGAAUGACAUAGAGUCUUUUUACUAUCCUUUCAACGACAAAACGAAGAAAGCAUUGACUACACGAUUAGAGGAGUAUCAACAAUCGUUUUCUGGAGAGAGCAUAACUUCGCCUUCGAUUUUGGUGCUACAUGAAAAUGAAAUCCACAUUUUUGAUGGGAAACUGGAUAAGCUGAGCAUUAGCAAGUUUUUAGCCGAGUUUUCAACUCCCCUGGAAGGACCUCUCAGUAAGAGAGGUAAGUUUCUAGAGCACAUUCGCAGGGGAAUUAAACCCGGAAGAAAAGCGAAGAAGGGCAAGAAGGGCAAGCAAACCAAAAAUCACGACGAAUUAUAG